CGCCGCGCCAGCCGGGCUGCAGCCGCCGCGCACCGAGGGCUGCUAUGGGGCUGGAGACUGAGAAGGCGGACGUCCAGCUCUUCAUGGACGACGACUCCUACAGCCGCCACAGCGGCGUAGACUACGCCGACCCCGAGAAGUUCGCGGAUUCUGGCCAGGAUCGAGAUCCGAACAGACUCAACUCGCAUCUCAAGGUGGGCUUCGAAGAUGUGAUCGCGGAGCCCUUGUCUGCGCACUCCUUUGACAAAGUGUGGAUCUGCAGCCAUGCCCUCUUUGAAGUCAGCAAAUAUGUGAUUUACAAGUUCCUGACAGUGUUCCUGGCUAUCCCCCUGGCCUUUGCUGCAGGAAUUCUCUUUGCCACCCUCAGCUGUCUGCACAUCUGGAUUAUAAUGCCUUUUGUCAAGACCUGCCUAAUGGUCCUGCCUUCAGUGCAGACGAUAUGGAAGAGUGUGACAGAUGUUCUCAUUGCCCCAUUGUCCACGAGUGUAGGACGCAUCUUCUCCUCUGUCAGCUUGCAACUGAGCCAUGACUGAACACUUGGACACCAGGUCUGGAGAUUCGGAUACUGUAAUACUUUCUUUGUUGUUAUAACAUAAAAACACUACUGUUCUGUUCAUUCCCCAACUGUUCUAAUUAAGAAAACUGUUAAGAUGGGAAACCACAGUUAGAAAUGUUAUUGGCAAAUCUUUCCAAAUAAUGCUUUUCUCAUUAAUAAUCAAGGAUUUCAUGUCUAACUUUAUAAUGAGAAUAUUGCAGUAGGUUGGCACUUAAUUUUAAAGGCAGACAGUUUUUGCUUUAGUAUAAAAAUAUACAUUUUAUCAUGAUGAAUUUAUUAUGAUCAAGGGACAUUUCUCACAAAUAAUAUAAUGGUUUUAUCUACAACUGUCAUAAAAAUAGAGCAUUUCUUUCUUUCUUUUCUUUUCUUUUUUUUUUUUUUUUUUUACCUCUGGAAGUAAUAUUUUUUAAAUUGCCUUGGCAGGUAAAGUCAUGGACAUACUUAGCAGAAAUAAGAUAUACAAAUAUCCUAGAGAUUGCAAUAACGAAACUGUACAGUGGUGAUAGGGGCUAUCAAAUAUAGUAAAAUAAAUGUGAAAAUAGAUUCAAGCAAAUGGGUUCCUUUAAAUAAGAUAUUGUUAACCUAUGGGCCUAUUUAACAAGAUGUUUUAUUUUACUGUAUAUUUUGCACUUAAUAUUAAAUGUUGCUCUAAUUAGAUGGCUUUAAAGCACUUUUAUUAUAUUUAUGAUCUUAUUGAGCUAAUAUAUAGAAUGAGUAAAUGUAUGUUUCACCAGGAACUUCAUUGGUGAGAUUGCACUGUCUUGAUUAUGUAAGCAUAUAUAUCUUCUCUGGGGAUAGAAUGUAAAAGAGCAAUAUACUAGGCUUUUCUUUCUAACUUUUCCAAGAAAAACCCUGAAAUGUUUUAUAAUUAAUGUUUAUCUGGGUGUGAUCUUAAAAUAAUCUGUAUCUAAUUCUUAUUUCGUCUAGCCAGAAAUUCAACAUGUAUGCUGCAUUCCUGUUAAUGUUUCACUUUAUCUUCAAGUAAUAUUGGUGCUAUUUAAUAAUAUUUUACAAUAAAGGCUAUUUCUGACACAUAAGUACAAUUUUAACUACAGUGAUUCAUGUAGAUUUACAAGAAAGUUGUCAACUUGUUGGGCCCAUGCUACUGAUUUAUAUAUAAAUUAAACACUAACAGCUACAAACUUUUAAUAUGUUGUCUAAUAUGGGUUUUGUUACACAGUAUAAAAUUAUUAUCAUUUUUGAACUUUAGAAUCCUAUUUCAAUGUUUUCAGUCACUGUUGUCUUAAAAAUCUCAUUAUUCCAAAAUGAUAGACAUAUACAAAAGUUGCCUAUGUUGUGAGUGGUUCCUAUAAUUUACACAACUUAAAAGUGUAUAAAUGCUCAAAUUUCAGAAUUACUCUCAGAACCUGAAUUAACAUUCCUUUGAAUAUCUUCAUGGAUGACAAAUAUUCUCUCAAUGAAGAUUAAUUUUAUUUUUCCAUAUUGCCAGGACUAGUAAAUAUAAAGGAUGAUCAAACUGGAAUACUAUUGGGGACCAGAGCAAAUGAAUAAAUUAUGAAACUCAUUUUUUUUUUGAAGGUAGCCUCAAAAGAGACUUUUUAAAACUAUCUUAGGCCAUUACAACAUCUUUAGGAAAGGCCUCAUGAUUAUUACCUUAAAGCAUUACCACUCACUUGACUGCUUAGAUUUUAUUAUGUUAGUUAAAAAGGUCAAUCAGUCUCAUGACUUUAUAAUUGCAGCUUGUAUUUAAAGUGUUUUUUUAAAAAAACAUUUGGAAAUGUCGAAUGGCCAAAGUAUUUGAUUAAUAAAAUAUCUAUUUAAAUAAAUCAUGAGCUUCUGUCUUUUCAAAUAGCUACUGGCAAGUUUUAAAGUCAAAAUAUAUACACAAAGUCAUAUAACAAAACCUAUUAACUUUUAACAAGUGACACAUAUGAUUUCCUGAUUUCCGAAAAGCAUUGAAUACUUUCAAAAUGAAUUUUUAUUGAGAUUUGCCAUUAACUGUUUCAAAUACUGAAAUUUUGUACCAAGCGGAUCCAGGUUUCAUAUGCAAACAUGUCUGUUCUUUUAGCCAGUGUCGGGGAAAGGUAGGUAACAAGACUUUCCCAAUAUCCGUAAUAAACUUUCUAAAAACUCA